UAAAUAAUUUUAAAUAAAAAUUACAAAAUUAAUUUAAAAUAAAAAAACAAUAUUAACCUGUUUACUUCAUAGCAAGAACGCGUUUCCCUAAAAUAAUUGGGUCAAACGUAAUUCACAACUCUAAACCCCCGCCUUAAUCGCAACCUUAAACCCUAAUUAUAGGACUAAUUAAAAUUAAACUCUCAUACAUGAAAUUCCACUUAUACCCUUCUUGUCGUCAUCUUCAUCACCUAUAAAAUUCGUGACUCCCUCCAAAAUACCCCUUCAUCCUUUUAAUAUAAAAAAAAAAAGUAUACUUUUCCCGAAAUACCCCCACGGCGAAAUCAACGGCGGAGAACGAAGAUGAUCUAAGGAUCAGAAGAUCUCCGCCGUCUGAUCAAGAUCAGGGAGCAUGGAAGCCGAGCGUGCUAAACGGUUGAUGAUGCUCCUCGUCACCGGAGUUCAAUCUCGUGUUGCUCUUGUGGGCGGUAACCACACCGCUGCCCGGUUUUGCACCCGCUAAUCUCACCCUCUCACCCCCCAUUUUCCACGCCCCUUCUUCUUCUCUUCUCUCUCUAUAUACAUCUCUCUUUCUCUUGGUUCUAUUCUUCUUCUUCUUCUUCUCCUCCUCCGAGAACAAUGGCGAAGAGCUCCCGCACCGGCCCCGGCGCCGGCGCUGGCGCCAUUGAGAUCGGCCACGAUCGGCUGGUGAUUCGUUUGCCGGAUCAUCGACUGAUUAGCCUUGUUACAAGGUCGGUGAUGCUCGUCAUCGUCAUGAUCUCGCUGCCGUGGCUCCGAUUCAUGGCCGGCGGCAAUGUGUACUCCGAUGGUGGCGGAAGAGGUGAGGAUUCGGCUUUGCUUACGAUGGUGGUUCGUGAUUUAAGUCGCCAGGGUUUACUGAAGCCUGGUGAUAAGGCCGUCUUCUCCGGCGGUCCAGUGGGAUGGCUUCUUCCUUUGUUGAAGGGUAGCCAGAUUGAUCUUGUGGCUGAGGGGCGGGAAUCCGGUGUUGAUUUCGUGUUUGCUGGGAAUGGGUUUGGGGAAUCCAUUGAUAAGACGCUCAAGGUUGGUGGUAUCGCUGCCUUCCGGGUGAUCACUCACCCGGCGGAGCCUUUCCGAGUGCCGGCGAAUUAUAGGAUGGUUUACAUCCGGAGGAUUGAGUCCACUGUUGUUGGGUUGAGAAAGAUCUCCAGUGUAGAUCCCGAUGAUGGGAAGAAGAUGGGAGCACGGCGGCUUCUCACGGUGUCGGAGGCCAAGAAGGUGGUGCUGGAUGGAUUGGAGGAUGUGCUCCUGGAGCCACCACCGUCGAGGAAGACGAAGCCGGGGAAAUACUCAUAUCUUCCGGACUUAACCGGAGAUUCCCUGGAUGGUUACCCAAGAAGGGUUUUCGUGGAUGUUGGCCUCCCAUCCCAGGCGGCGACGACGGCGGAGUGGUUCAAGAAGCGAUACCCGACAAAGAACCACGAGUUUGAGAUGAUAAGCGUGGAGGAGGUGGGGAAAGGACCGGUGGCGGUGGUGAAGUGGGUGAAGAACAAUGUGAAGGAGGAGGAGUAUGUAGUGAUGAAAGCGGAGGCAGAUGUGGUGGAGGAGAUGCUGAAGAGGCAGGCGGUGAAGCUGGUGGACGAGCUGUUCCUGGAGUGCAAGAACACACAAUGGCGCAAGGGGAGAAGAGCGUACUGGGAAUGCUUGGCUCUCUACGGCAAGCUCAGGGAUCAAGGUGUCGCUGUCCACCAAUGGUGGGGUUGAUGGUAAUUCUCUCAAUUCUCUCUUACAUUCACUCAUUCUGUUGAAAGCUCACUCUUAAGCAAUAGAAAGGGGAUUCCUUUCUCUAUAUUGAACACACAAACACAUGCGCUUUGGUUGCACUGUGACUCCUCUGUCAAGUUAUUGCUGACAUUGUGCGUGUAUAUGGGGAGGGUUGUUUGUGUGUUAAGUUAUUGCUUAGAGUGUGCGUGUAUAUGGGGAGGGUUGUUUGUGUUUAUAAUGUGAUUCCUUUCUCUAUCUUCAGUA